GGACAAUGGAAACUAUACAAAGUUUGGCAGCCUCCACUUUGAAAGAUAACCCAUAUUUUAGCGCUGGUGCUGGGCUAUUUGGAGUCGGGGUAGGAAUGGCUGCUAUUAAGAGAAUGAGUCAAGUUAUAAACCUUCUUGUUCGCCGCAAUCUUACUUUAACUUUAGAAGUAGCCAGUCAUGACAAGGCCUAUCCCUGGGUUUUAAAUUGGAUUACAAUGAAAUCUAAUGGAUCUUUCAUGAAAGGUGGAAGAAACAAAAUAGGUGGUACAAGUCAACACAUAAGUGUUGAAACUAGUGUAGUACGUACAGAAGGAGGCCGAAUCAAAGCUGCAUUCGGCUUUGUGCCCAGCGUCGGCGUUCAUUAUAUGAUUCAUCAAAUGAAAUUAAUUCGAAUUGAACGUGUUCGUGCUCAACAAUCUCUACAAGGUGCUACUGUAGCUCCAUUCGAGAGUGUAACUCUUACGACAUUCGGUCGCAAUGCCAGAUUUUUUAUAGAUUUGCUGGAGGAGGCUAGAGAAGAAGCUCUCGCACGCGAGAAAGGUUGGACUGUUGUUUACAAGGCUGUCGGUUCAGAAUGGCGCCAGUUUGGUUAUCCUCGUCCACGUCGACCGUUAAAUUCUGUCAUAUUGCGUGAUGGUAUAGCGGAAACUAUUGUAGCUGAUGUCAAGGAAUUCGUCGACAAUCAGACCUGGUAUACUGAUCGUGGUAUACCAUAUCAUCGUGGUUACUUACUAUACGGACCUCCAGGAUGUGGCAAAACCAGCUUCAUAACAGCCUUAGCCGGUCAUUUAGAUUAUAGCAUUAGCAUAUUGAAUUUAAGCGAAUUCGGCAUGACAGCAGAUCGAUUAGAUCAUCUAUUAACGCAUGCACCGCUUCAGACUAUCAUCUUACUUGAGGAUAUCGACGCAGCAGUUCAUAAUCGUGGCAAGUCAAAUAAUGAUACAAUUCAUAGCAAAGCGUAUGAAGGUAUGCCAACACUCACGUUGAGUGGAUUGUUAAAUGCACUGGAUGGUGUAACUUCGACAGAUGGUCGAAUCAUAUUCAUGACUACAAAUUAUAUUGAUAGGUGAGUAUCCCAGUGCUUGUAUAGAAACGUUUUUGCUACUUAAAGUCUCAUUUCUCCAGUGCAAGCGUUUAAUUUUCUUCAAAUCACCUUAUCCAGUAGUUCAAAACAAAGAAGACGGAUCAGCAUUCGAGCUUGCCACUUAUCGGCUAGAAGUUAAACGGCUGUCACAUAUUCUAUAUAUUGAAUAAUUAACACUUAAAACGACUUCUUCCUAAACAAAACUAGUUCAUAACUUGACCCUGCUUUAAUACGAC